GGACCGCUCCCGGUCACCUCCUCAGCGACAGUUUCGGCAGUGGGAGGUGACCGCUCGGCCCCGGGCUGCAAGGGCAAGAAGACGCUGAACAAGGACACCGUGGAGUACCGACUGAGGCGGGAGAGGAACAACAUUGCCGUGAGGAAAAGCCGCGAUAAAGCCAAACGCCGGAACUUGGAGACCCAGCAGAAAGCUCUCCAGUACCUCAGCGAGAACGAGAGGUUGCGCUCCAAGGUUGAACAGCUCACCCAGGAACUGGAGACCCUCCGCGGAAUCUUCCGGCAACUCCCCGAGGCCGGCCUCACCCAGCAGAGACCCUAG